AUGCCCCAAUUAUGGAGUGGUUCACUUGUAGUAAUCAUCACGCAUCGCAGCCCCGGCCAGCGCUCAUUUAUCUCUGUCAUCAAUGUUCCGUUACCCUCGACCGAUACCUGCACCACCUCGAACUCCCUCACGUUUGGAAAGAGCACUGAAAUCGGUGUGAUCCUCUCCAAGUUCAAAGCCACUGAAUCUCGCAUUGCCACUAUUUUGGUAAUGCCUGGUAAAAACACGAUGAAUAUCCGGUUGUUUAAGUGUGAUUGUCUGGCAAAAUUUGCUGGGGAGGGACUUUGGCCUCAUAAACGGCAGCAUAUUCUCCAAAUUUUGGAUGCCCGUAGUGAUAGUAUGCAGAUGUGGAAGUCGUAUGUGAGCAGCAUGGGUGAUGCGCAAGCUGAGCGGACGAGCCAGUCAAUGAAGGAUGCCGAUCCCCGAGAGAUGUUCAUGGAAGUGAGAGUGGUGAAUGGUGGCGGGUUGAAUGAGGUGGGAGAUUCCCAUACAGGGUGGGAAGUCAAUGUGCAGGCUAGGAUGUUGUUUUCGGGGGAUACUCCUGUGGUAUCGUAUGACAUCAGCAAGGUCUGCUAUGAAACGGAAGGUGAACAUCAGGGUCAUUGA